UGGGUAACAACCCAACGCCUGCAACUUCAAAACAGUUCUUUUCUUAAGCCCCAAGCCUUUUUCUAUUUUCCUAUUUUUGAGCUCCAGAAGACCCAUCACUUUGUCGCUUUUGCCGCCGGUUAUCGCCUCCUCUUCACAUCGAUCUUUCAUCACUCUCUUGUUCAAAUGUCUAAGGCAGGGGUGGAUGUUCCACGUAAGGGUGGGUUCAGCUUUGACCUGUGUAGAAGGAAUGAUAUGCUAUCGAAGAAAGGCGUUCAGGCUCCGUCUUUCCUCAAGACUGGUACUACUAUUGUUGGCUUAAUUUUCCAGGAUGGGGUCAUCCUUGGAGCGGAUACAAGAGCUACUGAAGGGCCCAUUGUUGCUGAUAAGAAUUGUGAGAAAAUCCAUUUUAUGGCACCCAAUAUUUAUUGCUGUGGAGCAGGGACAGCUGCAGAUACAGAGGCAGUGACUGACAUGGUCAGUUCCCAGUUGCAGCUACACAGAUACCGAACUGGACGAGAAUCUAGGGUUGUGACAGCUCUUAGCCUUCUGAAGUCUCAUCUUUUUAGCUACCAAGGUCAUGUCCAAGCUGCUUUGGUGCUUGGUGGGGUUGAUGUCACUGGACCACAUUUGCACACGAUAUACCCUCAUGGAUCAACAGACACUCUGCCAUUCGCUACAAUGGGUUCUGGUUCACUUGCAGCAAUGGCUAUUUUUGAAUCAAAAUACCAUGAAGGGCUAACUAGGGAUGAAGGAGUAAACCUGGUGUGCGAGGCUAUUUGCUCUGGGAUAUUUAACGAUUUGGGAAGUGGGAGCAAUGUAGAUGUUUGCGUGAUAACCAAGGGGCAAACUGAGUACUUGAGAAACCAUCAGCUGCCAAAUCCUCGGACUUAUGUAAAUGCAAAAGGUUAUUCGUUCCCCAAGAAAACAGAGGUUCUGUCAACAAAGAUUGUGCCCUUGAGAGAGAUGGUGGAAGUUACCGAAAGAGGAGAUGCAAUGGAAGAAGAAUGAGCUAUUGUGCGAACCCCGUUUAGUGACCGAAGAUGAUGAAGACUUGGAAAAGGGAGAAGAAUUGGGAGAGGAAGAAGAAUAUGAAGAGGUGAUUGAAGGGGAUGAUGAAGAAAUUGAGCUUGAUGUUGAUGAUCUUCUUGAUGAUGAUUGAUUAAAACUUUUUUAUUGAUUGUAAACUUGUAGUGUUUGUCGGUGUGAGUUGUCCUUUGUAAUUAUAGGAUUUAGUUUCCUAGUUUGUUUCUUGUAAUUGGGGUAGAUUAGUUAUCAAUUAAGGAAUCAGUGUACUGUAUAUAUGGCCUCUAAGAGAGAAGAAUAAACAACUCUGAAUGUAUUUUUUACCCUAAUACAUAUUUUAGCA